AUGAGGUCCCGGUGUCACUGUGGGUCAGAUCUACUCUUACAAAAUUACACGAGCGUGAUCGAGUAAGACGAGUGAGUCAUACCGGGUCUCAUAAGGCUUUAUUCAUUUUCAUUUGUUGUCAAAGGAGAGACGAGCGUUGGGGGUUGAAAACUUAACUCUUCGGUACCAUUUAGGGGAGUAAAAAUGUACAGCUUGUGCUGGUGUGGAAGUAGUUUUUUUAUUUUUAAACGAGACGUCAUUCUGAAAGGCGGACAAGGCAUUUUGAAGGAAAAAUGGACCCUGUUUACUUCCUUUGAAUGAUCCUGACAUUUCAGUGCAUCAGCCGACAAACAGUAGAGAACGGUUUAAAUAAACGGUGUGAAAUAUUUUCGACAAUUGGAGCGUUCAAGAGGGAUGGAUACGGGGUAUUUGCCGGAAAAACAAUUUACUCCUAACCCCCUUAGCAGGAUGGACACUGUUGACGGUAGCCAAAACAGGAAAAACUUUAGCGUGAGCCAUCUUCUGGACCUGGAAGAAGUGUCGGUCAUGAACUGCAUAAAGGAACCGGCUGUGGUGAUGAAGGACGUCGGGAAAGGACUUAAGGAACAAUCUGCCGCGAGUAGCGGAAGCGAGGCAGCCUUACAGGACACUGAUAGCCAGACUCCGGAGCAGAACCUGGUCAAGAGGAAGAAGAAACAACGCCGCAGUCGGACCACAUUCAACAGCAGCCAGCUGCAGGCCUUAGACAGGGUCUUUGAGCGCACGCACUACCCUGACGCCUUCGUGCGUGAGGAGCUGGCUCGGCAGGUCAACUUAAGUGAGGCCCGGGUUCAGGUAUGGUUCCAGAAUAGAAGGGCCAAGUUCCGUCGGAAUGAGAGGGCUGUUCUGGCCAGCCGCUCAGCUAACCUGCUCAAGUCCUACAACCAGGAGGCAGCCAUUGAGCAACCAGUGGCCCCACGCCCCACCCCCCUCAACUCUGACUACCUAUCCUGGUCCUCUUCCACACCCUGCAGCCCAGCCCCUUCCUAUAGCCCCUCGAGCGCACCAGUGGCUGGACAGGGGGUCAAUAUGGCCAACAGCAUCGCUAGCCUGCGGCUCAAAGCCAAGGAGUACAGCCUGCACCAGAGCCAGGUGCCCACAGCUAACUGAGCAUCCUACCCGUCGGCCCUGCCAGACAAACCCAGAACGUGCCAAGGUCACAGACCCACAGAGACUAAGGACAUGCCAGCAAAGAAUACUGAUUACCCUGAAAUUUCCAGAAGCACUGUGUGUGCAUUCUUGCCCAGCAACAGCACUGAAUCAUGGACACUGGAAAAUCACAGACACUGUGUUCCUUGAAGUGAGGCUUUAAGGAACACAGUGAUGACGUGUUGCUCUAGUAUGGCAGGUAUAGAUUUUUUUGUACACUCCAUUUUUUGUUUUCUUGAUGCUGGCUUGAUGUUACGUUUUCUAAUCAUAUUUAUCUAAAUUGCUUCAGUUUGAUUGGGUUCUAUUCGAUUUCCUGUAUUGUAUUGUUUUCUCAUUUAAAGUGUAUAAUCUAUGAUGUAUCAUAUACAGGGUUUGAGAGUCAGCCAAGAUUCAGACAGAUUUUUUGUCAUAGUUGACUUGCAAUGAUAUUAUGUGUUCUUGGUGAUCACCAAAAUUAUAUUCAGUGCAAAUUGAAAGCUGUUAUUAAAUGCAAAUGUAACUACAGUAAAUUUGCUAGGUAAAGUUAAGGGGAAUUUUUUAUUGAAGCCUGGUGACCUUUAUCAAAUCAAAAUCAAACCAAAUUUUAUUUGAAUAGCAUAUUUUACAGCAGUUGUCACAAAACGCUUUGCAGACAACCCUGGCCUAAACCCCCACAGGAGCAAGUGUACGGCAACAGUGGCAAGGAUAAACUCCCUCUGGCAGAUGGGAAAAAACCAGGCUCUAGUGUUUAUGUCAAGCCCCAUUUAUCAGAUGCCAUUAGAUAGAAUGUUUUUUAUUCCACAUUUGUUAUAUUGUGAAUGACAAUUGCAGAAAUACUUUUCGGUCCAAUCCUGUUUUUCUGUAACAGAAGACAGCAGACAUUGAGCAUUGUAAUCUGAUUUGACACAUCCAAUUUGAGUUCGUCCAAAAAGAAGAAUAUUCAGCUAAUAGGAGUUGAAACAACAAAACCUAGUCACAGGCAGUGAAGCAGAUAAGAGAUGGUUAAUGGUUAGGUUUUUUGAAAUGGGAAGUGUGCAUUACAGGCAUUUUUUGAGAAUGUAUGAGAUUAUUCUAUAAUCCAAAAGUCAGUUAUUUCCCUUCUCAAAUAUGAGUGGAAUUAUCUAUUUUAGGGUAUAGGGUGCAGAUUGAUAGCAAAGAGCUUGAAGCCUGAAAGGGGACACUAUAUUGAUAGUCUUAGCCCCUUAAUGCAGACUGGUGCUGUGCCACAGUGCUAGUAGAUAAGCUCUCAGAAAUAAUUCAAGUAAAACUUGUUUGUUUUGAAACCAACAAACAGAACAGGCAGAACUGUUCUGGAUUUAUAGAUUUUAAAGCUGGAGAAUAACAUAGCUUUUCCAUAAAUGAGACAAAAACAUUUGGGAGGAUUGGGUGGUAUCCCAACUUUCAUUCUCUCCUUAUCACAACACUUCCAGUCAAAGAUUGGUAGUUGGGGUGAGUGAAUAUGAUGAUCACUAUCCUCUUUCUUCAUUUAUUGUUUCUCACCUUGCUCUAAAGUAAUGGCUGUUUGCUCCCCAUUUAAGUAACAAUUACGCUACACAAUACAGCUGUUUCAAAUGUAAUGCAUUAAGUUGAUAAAUACAUCCUGUUUAGAAGACAAGAUAAAAAAUCUCACAAUGGGAAACCUCAGGUAGCAUUGUUUGGAAUAGUGCUUGUAUAGUUUGUGUGAAGUAAUGUGGCCCAAAUGGCAUUGUUUAGAGAUGAAGAGAUAUUUUCGCCAAAUGUUCAUUUAAGGAAUGGAGAAUUUGUAGCUACUUUGUAAUUCGUCAUUUUUGAAUGUUUCAGACAUUUUUGUUGAGGGUAGAACAUAACUUACCUACUUGUGUUUGUCUGUUGGUUUUAUAUGCAUAUCUGAAAUUAAACUGAAUAUAUUAACAUUAUGUCUGAAAUAA